AUGGCGCCCUUUCUCUCGCUCAUUUCACUCUACCUUGCGUCUGCAGCUGCAGCAUCACACCUCGAACCUCACCAUCGAGCACCUCCAGCGCAGUGUAGCAAGGGCCGUACCGCCAAAAAUAGUCAAUGUUGUGUGUGGUACGACGUGCUCGAUGACAUCCAGACAAAUCUUUUCGAGGGUGGUAAAUGCGACGAUGAGGCUCACGAUGCGCUCCGUCUCUCUUUCCACGAUGCCAUUGGUUAUUCACCCUUGCUGAGAUCGCAAGGAAAAUUUCCUGGAGGCGGAGCUGAUGGCUCUAUCAUCAUGUUUGCUGAUAAGGAGCUGCUUUAUGGCGCGAACGACGCUCUCGACGAAAUUGUCGACGCUGAACGUAAGCUUGCAGACAGAUACCACGUUUCUUAUGGCGAUAUCAUCCAGUUUAUCGCUGUUGUCUCCGUCCGAAAUUGUCCUGGCGGUCCCCUUAUUCCGUUUUUUGCGGGUCGUCCCAAUGCUACGAAAUGGGCACCAGACGGGUUAGUUCCGGAAGCGUUUGAUUCGGUAACCAAGAUUCUGAACCGUGUCCACGAUGCAGGUCUGACUGCUGAUGACCUCGUGGACCUACUCGCGAGCCAUAGCAUUGGAAAGCAAGAGACUAUUGACCCAAGCAUUCCCGGUACCCCAUUUGACACAACGCCUUCAAUUCUCGACACCAACUUUUUCCUCGACACUCUCCUUCGCGGCAUGGUCUGGCCCGGCAAAGGCUUCCACAAAGGCCAAGUACCCUCUCCAUUCGGGGGAGAAUUUCGCCUCCAAUCAGACUUUGCAAUCGCACGCGACCAACGCACUUCGUGCAGAUGGCAAGGUUACAUUAACCAACAGGCCGACAUGUCGACUAACUUUGGAAAAGCGAUGGCGAAGAUGGCACUCCUCGGGCAAAACCCUGCUCGCCUCACUGACUGCUCCGACGUCAUCCCCCCGCCAACCGGAAGCGCACCGCAAACCGCCAAGCUUCCUCGGGGCAAGACCGUUUUGGAUUUGGAGCUCACCUGCCACAACGGUCAAUUUGGCCUUCCUACCCUGGCAAAUAUAGGCGACCUUCGGAAACUCACCGGAUACAUCUCUAAGCUACUUCACCUUUAA